AUGUCUUCUUCAACCUCCACUCCAGCCCCCACCCCUGAGCGUGCCGUCGAGCUGCGUGCCAAUUUGUCCGAGAUCCGUGACCGAGUCAAGUCCGCGUACGCAAACUCUCCCUUCGCUUGUUCAACGAAAGAGCCGGUGCUCGUGGCGGUAUCUAAGUACAAACCGGCAUCAGAUAUCUCGGGAUGCUACGAGGUUGAUCAGCGCGAUUUUGGGGAGAAUUAUGUACAGGAGUUAGUCGAUAAAGCAGGACAGCUGCCACAAGAUAUACGCUGGCAUUUUAUCGGGACUUUACAGAGUAAUAAAGCCAAGACCCUUGCCAAUAUCCCAAAUAUCUACGCCAUCCACACCCUGACCUCCCAAAAGACCGCUACGGCUCUAAAUAAAUACCUCCCCGAAACGCGCACAACCCCGCUGAACGUCUUCAUCCAAGUCAAUACCUCCGGCGAGGACAACAAAUCCGGGCUGGCCCCGUCCCUCCCGCCCACGUCCGAGUCCUCCGAGCUACUCGACCUCGCGAAGCACAUCGUCCACGAGUGCCCGCGGCUGCAUCUCCUGGGGCUGAUGACCAUCGGCUCCCUGACUGAGUCGCUGCACGCGAAGGAGGCGGGGGAGAACCGCGACUUUGACGUGCUCGUCCGGACGCGGGAUGCGCUGGAGGUGUGUUUAGUCAAGGGGGAGGUAGUGGGGGGAAAGGGGAAGUGGGGGGACGAGCAGGGACGGCUGGUGCUGAGUAUGGGUAUGUCGGCGGAUUUCGAGGCGGCGAUUCGCGCGGGAAGUGGGGUGGUGAGAGUAGGGUCGAGCGUGUUCGGGGCGAGACCGAAGAAGGAGGAAUUAGAUUCCAAGUGA